GUCUGGUCACGUGACCUAGUGUUGCUAAGAAAAAAUAUUAAUUCUGGAAGUUGGGGAUUAGUUUCGUUGAGCUCAAAUAACCGGUUUAAACUUCGGUUACGGCAAACAAAAAUGGACUGACAUUGAGGUGAAUGUAUUGGCUGUGAGACAAACCUCCACAGGCUUGCUAGACAUGAAUGAGGUUUUUGCAGCUAUCACGCUUGAACGAGAAUCCUCCGGCAUUCCCUUGCCGCCCCAUUACCCGGGAUGCAUCCCUCCUGAGCCGCUCAAAUCGAUUCAGCCGUGAUGGAGCGUAGGUGACAAAAGGACGCUUAGAUUUUUCGCAUCGUUGGGCAUUCACCAGCGUGGGCCUUAAAAGUACAGCGUGCCUUAGCGAGACGACUUCAUUCCGUCUGCUGGAUCUGUGGGUGACGGACUGCAUCAUGGCAACACCAAACCAGAUCAAGGAAAUUAAAGCAACUUUGCAGAGGGGUCUGGAGACUCUUGCCCUGUCGGGCAACAUCAAGCCCCUGCCGUUGCGCCAGCAGACCAGCCGGCCACUUCUGCGAAGCAAACUUGGCGAGGGGCCUCGCGUGCCGGUCUGGGGCGACCUGGACAACAACAACAUCUCGAACUACGGCGGGGUUGACCAGAACGGUUUCUGCCGGACUAGCGAAGAAUUCAACAAGAUACGCAACGACUUGAACAACGUCACCGUCCGCUCGCCGCAGCGGACGAAAACCACGGACGGGCUGGUGCGGGCCAAGAGCGAACUCGGCGCCCGGGGGUCCGGCGGUGCCGCUAGCGACUCGCUGCGAUCCAAACCCCCGAUCCCAACGAGCAGGACGCUGAUCCGACCAAUCAGCGGCAAGAAACCGCUGAACGAGCCUCGGAGCAAAUUCGCAUUGCAAGGGAGUCAGACUAAAAAACAACCCAAAACGAACUUCAAACCCAAGCCUCCCCCGGACAGUCCGGGAAAAGAACCCCCGUCCAGCCCGCAACGACAAACCAGCAGAGAGUCGUCAGGGUCAGAGGGCAGCGUAAGGAGGUCGUUGGGGUCAAAAAUCAACCGGAGGUCACGGAUUUCCUCGUCGGAAGACGCGGAGGAGUGGAGCGACAUUGAUGAAGUCGAAAACGAGGAUGAUGACGAAUAUGAACCGUCAGGAAGUGAGAGGAUGCCUGGAGACGGAGCAUCUUUUGACGACUUUGAUGAGGACGAUGGAAUGGACGGGAUUGAUGGAGACGACCUUGAUGAAGAUGACGAGUCGGACGGUUACUCCAUCGCCAGUAACGAUUCCCGCUACCAGCUGACCAACCUACCCUUACCGGCUGCCAGCGGCAAGUCCCCCAAGCCCCAGGACGGCGAAAGGGUCAGCCUGUCCAGCCGGGCGGGUUCCCGCAUGUUCCAAUACCUGACCACGGGCGCAGACGAUGCCUUGCCCGCGCUGAGCCCAAGUCUGUUCAGCCACAUCCCGCCCACCAUCAACUUUGUUGGUGUGGAAGAGAAAGCUGUCCAGUUUCCCUGGGAGAUCCGUAAGCUCCUCAAGUGGCGCAUGAGCCCGAUCACCCCUAACGUCAUCAAGAACUGCAUCGCCCGGUCUGGGUUCCGUGCAACAAGAAAGGCAAAUGAGUGGCUUGGUUACUGGGGCAAGCACAUGAAAGCCAACGCCUUCAAGGUAGUUCGGGAGUACCAAAAGGUGAACCACCUGCCAGGCUCGUUCCAGAUCGGCCGCAAAGACCGUCUCUGGCGCAACCUCUACAAGAUGCAGGUGCAUUUUGGCAAGCGGGACUACGGCUUCUUCCCUCAGACCUUCUGCCUGCCCUAUGACCUCAAGCUGCUGAAACGAGCCUGGGAGGACGGUGGGACCAAACAGAAGUGGAUCCUGAAACCUCCGGCUUCAGCUAGGGGUAUCGGCAUCCGCGUGGUCCACAAGUGGAACCAAAUCCCCAGACGCAAACCAGUCAUCGUCCAGCGAUACCUCGCCAAACCUUUCCUGAUCAACGACAGCAAGUUUGAUCUACGCAUCUACGUCUACGUCAAGUCCUACGACCCGCUCAAGAUUUACGUCUUCCAGGAUGGGCUUGCCAGAUUCGCCACAAUGAAAUAUUCAGCGUCCAUGAAGAACCUCUCCAACAAGUUCAUGCAUCUGACCAACUACAGCAUCAACAAGAAGAAUGCCGACUUCACUCCCAACAACGACUACACGGCCUGCGAAGGACACAAAUGGGGCCUGAAGGCACUAUGGGGCUACCUGAAACCAAUGGGCAUAGACACCGUCAGCGUGUGGGAGACCAUCAAGGACGUUGUGGUCAAGACCAUCAUUAGCGUGGACUCCACCGUCAACAGUAUGGUCAAGCUGAACGUCAAGAGUCGUUACUGCGUCCAUGAACUGUUUGGCUUUGACGUCAUGCUGGAUGAGAACCUGAAACCGUGGAUUCUAGAAGUCAACAUCUCCCCAAGUCUCCAUUCCAAUUCUCCCUUGGACGUCAGCAUCAAGGGGGAGAUGAUCAAGGAUCUUCUCAACAUCUCCAGCUUCCACGUCCCAGACAAGAGAGACAUCUACUCCAUCCUGACGCCCACCAGCAACUCGGCUUCCAAGAUCCGUGGUAGCGACAUUUUUAUGGAUAAGAGGCUGUAUCAGACUCCGCUGUCUAACGAUGAGAGGGCCAAGCAUGUCUUCUACACACAGAAACACAUCGACGAGCAAUGUCGCAUGUCCAUCCUGGACACCUUGACCCCCGAUGAUCUACGCAUACUGACCGAGGCGGAGGACGAGUACAGCCGCUGUGGGGGCUUUGAGCGCAUCUUCCCCUCCCCAACGUCCCACAAGUACGCGAGGUUCUUUGAGAACCCGCGAUACUACAACAUCCUACUGGACGAAUGGGUGCGCAAGUACCACCGGCAACACGCCAAAGGAUUGUCAUUAUUGGAGGAGUACUGUCAAGAAGGCAUACACUUGAGCACCGGAAAAGACAACUCGCAUGUGCGUCAGCCAUGGAGUCCAGCAUUCACACCCAGGUUUAGCCCAUGGACACCGAUCUCCAGCAUCAUCCAGUCACAUGACCCACGGACGUCCAGCGCCCCAGUCACCAGCGCGCCUUCACCAACAACGGGCCUCAAGAAGAGUUCCUCCACCAACAACCUGCCCAAGAUCCGUCGCCGAGGCCUGGCGAAACCCCGCGCCCUGUCCUCCACAGGCUCCGCUGCCUCCCUCACCAAAUCCCCCGCCCAGCCCCACCCGCCCCGGGGCCUGUACGCGCCCCAGCGUCGGGUGGUGACCGGCGCCACCACCCCUAGCUGAUGGGGUCCCCGCCUACCCCCGCUACAAGUCACGACAAUGUUCCACGACCGGCACUUGAUCCACGUCCCCUCCCUGCGGCUGAGCUACCGGCACAUGCUGAUGAAAUCCAAAGAGGUCCAGGGGAGGAGGAGGGCGCCAAACAAGCGAGCGCCCCACAAAGGGGGCGGGGACACACAGAGGGAGGGAAUCAACCAUUAACACAGGAGAAUGUAGGCCUUGACAAGCGUUUAUCGGGUUCCGAACAUUAUGACCACUAGGUGCUCUAUACUUUUGAAUUUGCCUCAUUAGACACAUGAACUGCCUGUUGCUACUCAAGCGGCAACUUGUCGAACUGAUGGCAAAUUUAAACCAUCCGGUUCGAUAAGCAAAUGUCUCUGAACAAUAUUGUGCCUUAGAACAAGCAGAACAAUGCCACCACGUCAUGAAUCUGUGCUUUUGAAACAAAUUACUUAAUUGGUGUGUCUGUCUGUAUUUAUGUGCCUUGAUCUUUUAUGCAGGUGUCUUAAUAACUUGGUGCUCUAAAUUAAAAAAAUUAAUAAUAUAUCAAGUCUAUUGAUAAAAACAGAAUAUGCGGUAAACAUCAGAAACUCAAUGACAAAUUCUGUGAAAACAACAUGGGAAGCUAUUCAACAGUGGUAUUCACAAAAUGCCGUGAUGGUCACCGUGCCUUGUGUGUCUGGAGGUAGGCGAGCCAAUAGAAAUACGUGUGCAGUGAAUGAACAGCCUUAGUACCAAAAGCUACAAUUUGAAGUGUUUCUUUCGGAAAGAAUGUUGCAACCUGACGCCACUUUUUUUCUUCAUAUAUCAUCUCAAUGAAGGUCAGUCAUUGCAAAAAUGUUGAAAAAAGACAUGAAUCUGGGACUGAGAAACAUUUCCAGUUUUGUUAGGAAAUACUUCGGAAAUGUUCUUGACUCUCCAUAGACUUUGUACACAACCGCUGAAGUGGCGUCUGGAUACUACAUUCUUUUCUGUCCAGAAGCCAUAUCACAUGCUUUGAUUUUGCUUGCAUCAUUUCUAGUCAUUCCAGCUCUUAGGUUCAAAGAUGUGUUUUGCAUGUGCCUCAUUCCGAAUAUGAACAAUCAUUUUUCUGCACCGAUCUGCAAAAUUGUGGAUACAAUAAUCAGAAAGAUUGAUCUGAGAGCAACAUUUGCCAAAGUCUUUUCGUCUUAUCCUGUGUCUCACUUUAUACCUCAAUUAAUCAACAUUCAACAAAAGUCUUCCAUUUUGUACAUGUAGUUGAUGCCAGUGACUUUCAUUGUAUUCUUCAGUGUGACUUUCUUCAUGAUCUGCGUGGUGCCUUUUAUAGCAUUGUUUCCUUUUUUUGUCUUUGAAAUUUCUAUGCAAAAUUUUGGUGUGUGUGAUGCAGGGGACGUAAUAUCUUAAAAUGUCGCUAUUUUUUCAGUCACUAAUAUUGUUAUGUACUGAUGCUGAUAUUGCUAUCGUAAUUAUUUAUUACUAUGUCAUUUUCGGAAUGCUUGGUUAUUUUUUUAAUUUAUUUCCAUAAUAAAAUAGCAGAGGAUGAACAAAGUCUAGUUAUUUAAAACCAAAUUAAGUUUGCAACAUAUUGGGAUAAACCAUCAAUUCUACUGUGAGGAGGGUGCCAUAUUUUGGUUUCUUUUUUAAUGAAUCCAUUUUUGCACUCUUCAUUUUUCAAUUCUCAACGUUUGUCUUAAAUUUUAGUUUGUUUUCAGUUCAUCUCUCAAAGUAAUUAUGAAAUCACCCUCACUCUCAUAAUUAGAAUUUUGAUAGAGUGCCUUUAAUGUUCAAAUGGUCUUUUAUAUUUUGUAUGGAUUGCUUCAACAAUACUCCUUUGUUUAGGUGAUGUGUGUGUGUGGCUAUUGUGUGUUUUCCUAUAAGUUGAACAGACAUUGUGUUUUGUUAGCCUUGCCGUUGAUAUAGAGAUAAUUUUUUUUUUUUGAAAUAAACUUUUGUAAGUCAUUUGGAACAAGUUCAUAUACUUGUAAUUAGCUAGGUUACAUUCCAUUUGAAUUAAAAUUGUGAUUAAAACGAUAAUUUUAUAUUUUUAUAAAGUGAAGUUUGACACAACUUUGGGAGAUUUAAAGCUAUGCAUCAGAUACAAAACAAAAUAAUCAAACAAAAAUAAGUAUUUAUUUCUGUAUAAGUUCUCAUGAAUCAAUUUCAACGUGAUAAACUAUUAAUUUAUUAUUUUUCAGGGUCAAAAAGAAAUUAGAUGGAUAAUUUUAUAGUCUACCUUCAAUAAGUUUCUAUCUUCUGUGUUGUUUUUUUCUUCUAAAAGUGACGUGAGCAAUAACAAAUGCAUUUGUUCUUAGCCAAUAGGAAUAAAGUUAUGCCUUGAAAUUGGAAAUUUUAAAGUGAAGUGGGGUAGGCGGCCUCAAAAAAUAUUGUAUAUUUUGCAUAAUAAUUUGUAAAUAAUUGUUUGUAUAUUAUUAUAUUGUAUGAUAAUGUUUUGGACAAGGGUUUGUGGCGAAUGAAAAUUUACAAAGAAAAAGUUCUUUUUUUUUUGGAAUGCGUGUGUGAAAUUUGUUGUGGGUGCUUUUAUAUUUGGCUAUAAACCUCUUCCAGUUUACUUGCACAAACUCUUGAUUCUCACUGCAAAGUGGAAAAUAAAAUAACUGUCAUUUUCACAAAAA